AUGCUACCGGCUGGAACAGAUUUGACCGGGACCAUAAUCAUUGUCCAACCUAGCACAGUAUUCACAGGCCCAUUCACAACACUCACAAGCAUUGGAACAGGGUUAGGGCAAUUCAAGACACUGACAAGCAUUGGAACAGGCACAACUUUCACAGGACAGUAUACCACAGUUACAAGUACUGGAACCGGAUUGACAACAUCUAUUGCUAUACUGCCCCCUAGUGGAACGGAUACAGUUGGAACCAUUGUUGUUGUAGUUCCCAGCAGCACGUUCACGGGACCAUUCAAGACGCUUACAAGUACUGGGACCGGAUUCACAACAUCUAUCGCUACACUGCCUCCUAGUGGAACGGAUACAGUUGGCACCAUUGUUAUUGUAGUUCCCAGCAGUACGUUUACGGGACCGUAUAUAACCGUUACAAGUACCGGGACCGGAUUAACAACAUCUAUCGCUACACUACCCCCAAGUGGAACGGAUACAAUUGGCACCAUUAUUGUUGUAGUUCCCAGCCGUACGUUCACGGGACCAUUUAAGACGCUUACAAGUUCUGGUACUGGAUUCACAACAUCCAUCGCUACACUGCCUCCUAGUGGAACGGAUACAGUUGGCACCAUUAUUGUUAUAGUUCCCAGCAGCACGUUCACGGGAUCGUAUAAAACCGUUAUAAGUACUGGCACCGGAAUUACAACAUCCAUCGCUACACUGCCUCCUAGUGGAACGGAUACAGUUGGCACCAUUAUUGUUGUAGUUCCCAGCGGUACGUUCACGGGACCGUAUAAAACCGUUACAAGUACUGGAACCGGAUUGACAACAUCCAUCGCUACACUGCCUCCUAGUGGAACGGAUACAGUUGGCACCAUUAUUGUUGUAGUUCCCAGCAGCACGUUUACGGGACCGUAUACCACCGUUACAAGUACUGGAACCGGAUUAACGACAUCCAUCGCUACACUACCACCUAGUGGAACGGAUACAGUUGGCACCAUUAUUGUUGUAGUUCCCAGCAGUACGUUUACGGGACCGUAUACCACCGAUACAAGUACUGGAACCGGAUUGACAACCUCUAUUGCUACCCUGCCUCCUAGUGGAACGGAUACAGUUGGUACCAUUGUUGUUGUAGUUCCCAGCAGCACGUUCACGGGACCGUAUACCACCGUUACAAGUACUGGAACCGGAUUGACGACAUCCAUCGCUACACUGGCCCCUAUUGGAACGGAUACUGUUGGUACCAUUGUUGUUAUAGUUCCCAGCAGCACGUUCACGGGACCGUAUACCACCGUUACAAGUACUGGAACCGGAUUGACAACCUCUAUUGCUACACUGCCUCCUAGUGGAACGCAUACAGUUGGUACCAUUAUUGUUGUAGUUCCCAGCAGUACGUUCACGGGACCGUAUACUACUUUUACAAGUACUGGAACCGGAUUCACAACAUCUAUCGCUACACUGCCCCCCAGUGGAACGGAUACAGUUGGUACCAUUGUUGUUGUAGUUCCCAGCAGUACGUUCACGGGACCGUAUACUACUUUUACAAGUACUGGAACCGGAUUGACAACAUCCAUAGCUACACUACCUCCUAGUGGAACGGAUACAGUUGGUACCAUUGUUGUUAUAGUUCCCAGCAGUACGUUCACGGGACCGUAUAGUACCGUUACAAGUACUGGAACCGGAUUAACAACAUCCAUCGCUACACUACCUCCUAGUGGAACGGAUACAGUUGGUACCAUUAUUGUUGUAGUUCCCAGCAGCACGUUUACGGGACCGUAUACCACCAUUACAAGUACUGGAACCGGAUUGACAACAUCCAUCGCUACACUACCUCCUAGUGGAACGGAUACAGUUGGUACCAUUAUUGUUGUAGUUCCUAGCAGCACGUUUACGGGACCGUAUACCACCGUUACAAGUACUGGAACCGGAUUGAUAACAUCCAUCGCUACACUGCCUCCUACUGGAACGGAUACAGUUGGUACCAUUGUUGUUGUAGUUCCCAGCAGCACGUUUACGGGACCGUAUACCACCGUUACAAGUACUGGAACCGGAUUGACGACAUCCAUUACUACACUGCCUCCUAGUGGAACGGAUACAGUUGGCACCAUUGUUGUUGUAGUACCUAGCAAUACCAUUUCCAUUGUAUCUGAAUUUACAUUUGGUCCAACUGCUGGUACUAUCACUAUAGUGCCAUCACCUGGCUGUACUGGAAUUUGUAUUACGAGAAUCAUUAUUACUGUAACCGGCGGCUUUACUACCGAAACAACGUUUGGUCCAACGGCUGGUACCAGCACUAUUCCACCUUCAUCUGGCUGUACUGGCGCCUGUCUGACAAGGAUUAUUGUUACUUCUGCUCCUUCAGGUGGCGUGAUUACACAAUCUACCUUUGGACCAACUCCUGGAACAAGCACUAUGCUGCCAUCAUCUGAUUGCACAGGGUUCUGUCCUACCAGGGUUAUUAUUACUGCUACCGGCGGCUUUACUACCGAAACAACGUUUGGACCAACACCUGGUACUAGUACUAUUCCACCUUCAUCUGGUUGUAUUGGCUUCUGCCCGACGAGGAUUAUUGUUACUUCUGCUCCUUCAGGUGGCGUAAUUACACAAUCUACCUUUGGACCAACUCCUGGAACAAGCACUAUGCUGCCAUCAUCUGAUUGCACUGGGUUCUGUCCUACCAUGGUCAUUGUCACUGCUACCGGCGGCUUUACUACCGAAAUAACCUUUGGACCGACACCUGGUACUAGUACUAUUCCACCUUCAUCUGGUUGUAUUGGCUUCUGCCCGACGAGGAUUAUUGUUACUUCUGCUCCUUCAGGUGGCGUGAUUACACAAUCUACCUUUGGACCAACUCCUGGAACAAGCACUAUGCUGCCAUCAUCUGAUUGCACAGGGUUCUGUCCUACCAGGGUUAUUAUUACUGCUACCGGCGGCUUUACUACCGAAACAACGUUUGGACCAACACCUGGUACUAGUACUAUUCCACCUUCAUCUGGUUGUAUUGGCUUCUGCCCGACGAGGAUUAUUGUUACUUCUGCUCCUUCAGGUGGCUUAAUUACACAAUCUACCUUUGGACCAACUCCUGGAACAAGCACUAUGCUGCCAUUAUCUGAUUGCACAGGGUUCUGUCCUACCAUGGUCAUUGUCACUGCUACCGGCGGCUUUACUACCGAAAUAACCUUUGGACCGACACCUGGUACUAGUACUAUUCCACCUUCAUCUGGUUGUAUUGGCUUCUGCCCGACGAGGAUUAUUGUUACUUCUGCUCCUUCAGGUGGCGUAAUUACACAAUCUACCUUUGGACCAACUCCUGGAACAAGCACUAUGCUGCCAUUAUCUGAUUGCACAGGGUUCUGUCCUACCAUGGUCAUUGUCACUGCUACCGGCGGCUUUACUACCGAAACAACGUUUGGACCAACACCUGGUACUAGUACUAUUCCACCUUCAUCUGGUUGUAUUGACUUCUGCCCGACGAGGAUUAUCGUUACUUCUGCUCCUUCAGGUGGCAUAAUUACACAAUCUACCUUUGGACCAACUCCUGGAACAAGCACUAUGCUGCCAUCAUCUGAUUGCACUGGGUUCUGUCCUACCAUGGUCAUUGUCACUGCUACCGGCGGCUUUACUACCGAAAUAACCUUUGGACCGACACCUGGUACUAGUACUAUUCCACCUUCAUCUGGUUGUAUUGGCUUCUGCCCGACGAGGAUUAUUGUUACUUCUGCUCCUUCAGGUGGCGUAAUUACACAAUCUACCUUUGGACCAACUCCUGGAACAAGCACUAUGCUGCCAUUAUCUGAUUGCACAGGGUUCUGUCCUACCAUGGUCAUUGUCACUGCUACCGGCGGCUUUACUACCGAAACAACGUUUGGACCAACACCUGGUACUAGUACUAUUCCACCUUCAUCUGGUUGUAUUGGCUUCUGCCCGACGAGGAUUAUCGUUACUUCUGCUCCUUCAGGUGGCAUAAUUACACAAUCUACCUUUGGACCAACUCCUGGAACAAGCACUAUGCUGCCAUCAUCUGAUUGCACAGGGUUCUGUCCUACCAUGGUCAUUGUCACUGCUACCGGCGGCUUUACUACCGAAAUAACCUUUGGACCGACACCUGGUACUAGUACUAUUCCACCUUCAUCUGGUUGUAUUGGCUUCUGCCCGACGAGGAUUAUUGUUACUUCUGCUCCUUCAGGUGGCAUAAUUACACAAUCUACCUUUGGACCAACUCCUGGAACAAGCACUAUGCUGCCAUCAUCUGAUUGCACAGGGUUCUGUCCUACCAUGGUCAUUGUCACUGCUACCGGCGGCUUUACUACCGAAAUAACCUUUGGACCGACACCUGGUACUAGUACUAUUCCACCUUCAUCUGGUUGUAUUGGCUUCUGCCCGACGAGGAUUAUUGUUACUUCUGCUCCUUCAGGUGGCGUGAUUACACAAUCUACCUUUGGACCAACUCCUGGAACAAGCACUAUGCUGCCAUCAUCUGAUUGCACUGGGUUCUGUCCUACCAGGGUCAUUAUCACUGCUACCGGCGGCUUUACUACCGAAACAACGUUUGGACCAACACCUGGUACUAGUACUAUUCCACCUUCAUCUGGUUGUAUUGGCUUCUGCCCGACGAGGAUUAUUGUUACUUCUGCUCCUUCAGGUGGCGUAAUUACACAAUCUACCUUUGGACCAACUCCUGGAACAAGCACUAUGCUGCCAUCAUCUGAUUGCACAGGGUUCUGUCCUACCAUGGUCAUUGUCACUGCUACCGGCGGCUUUACUACCGAAACAACGUUUGGACCAACACCUGGUACUAGUACUAUUCCACCUUCAUCUGGUUGUAUUGGCUUCUGCCCGACGAGGAUUAUCGUUACUUCUGCUCCUUCAGGUGGCGUAAUUACACAAUCUACCUUUGGACCAACUCCUGGAACAAGCACUAUGCUGCCAUCAUCUGAUUGCACAGGGUUCUGUCCUACCAUGGUCAUUGUCACUGCUACCGGCGGCUUUACUACCGAAACAACGUUUGGACCAACACCUGGUACUAGUACUAUUCCACCUUCAUCUGGUUGUAUUGGCUUCUGCCCGACGAGGAUUAUCGUCACUUCUGCUCCUUCAGGUGGCAUAAUUACACAAUCUACCUUUGGACCAUCUCCUGGAACAAGUACCAUACUGCCAUCAUCUGAUUGCACUGGCUUCUGUCCUACCAGGGUCAUUGUCACUGCAACCGGCGGCUUUACUACUGAAACAACGUUUGGACCAACGGCCGGUACUAGUACUAUUCCACCUUCAUCUGGUUGUAUUGGCUUCUGCCCGACGAGGAUCAUCGUCACUGCUACUGGCGGCUUUACUACCGAAACAACGUUUGGUCCAACGGCCGGUACCAGCACUAUUCCACCUUCAUCUGGUUGUACUGGCGCCUGUCCCACAAGGAUUAUCAUUACUGCUGCUCCUUCAGGUGGUUUGAUUACAGAAUCUAUUUUUGGACCGACUCCUGGAACAAGCACCAUGCUGCCAUUAUCUGAUUGCACAGGGUUUUGUCCUACUAGGGUUAUUAUCACUGCGACUGGCGGCUUUACUACCGAAACAACAUUUGGGCCAACACCUGGUACUAGCACUAUAAUGCCAUCAUCUGGUUGUGCAGGAAUAUGUCCUACCAGAAUCAUCGUAACUGCUACUGGCGGCUUUACUACAGAGACAACGUUUGGUCCAACAGCCGGUACCAGCACUGUUCCACCUUCAUCUGGUUGUACUGGCGCCUGUCCGACAAGGAUCAUCAUCACUGCUGCUCCUUCAGGUGGUGUGAUUACAGAAUCUACCUUUGGACCAACUCCUGGAACAAGUACCAUCUUACCAUCUUCCGGCUGCACAGGAUUUUGUCCUACGAGAAUUAUCGUUACUACUACCGGCGGCUUUACCACAGAGACAACAUUUGGGCCAACACCUGGAACAAGCACCAUCUUACCUUCUUCCGGCUGUACAGGAUUCUGUCCUACGAGAAUUAUUGUUACUGCUACCGGCGGCUUUACCACAGAGAUAACGUUUGGUCCAACACCCGGAACAAGCACUAUCUUACCAUCUUCCGGCUGCACAGGAAUCUGUCCUACGAGAAUUAUUGUUACUGCUACCGGUGGCUUUACCACAGAGACAACAUUUGGUCCAACACCUGGAACAAGUACUAUCUUGCCUUCUUCCGGCUGCACAGGAUUCUGUCCUACGAGAAUUGUUGUUACUGCUACCGGCGGCUUUACCACAGAGACAACAUUUGGUCCAAUACCUGGAACAAGCACUAUCGUACCAACUUCCGGCUGCAUAGGAUUCUGUCCUACGAGAAUCAUUAUUACUGCUACCGGCGGCUUUACCACAGAGACAACAUUUGGUCCAACACCUGGAACAAGCACUAUCUUGCCUUCUUCCGGCUGUAUAGGAUUCUGUCCUACGAGAAUUAUUGUUACUGCUACCGGCGGCUUUACCACAGAGACAACAUUUGGUCCAAUACCUGGAACAAGCACUAUCGUACCAACUUCCGGCUGCACAGGAAUCUGUCCUACGAGAAUUAUUGUUACUGCUACCGGCGGCUUUACUACAGAGACAACGUUUGGUCCAACACCUGGAACAAGCACCAUCUUACCGUCUUCCGGCUGCACAGGAUUCUGUCCUACGAGAAUCAUUAUUACUGCUACCGGCGGCUUUACCACAGAGACAACGUUUGGUCCAACACCUGGAACAAGCACCAUCUUACCGUCUUCCGGCUGCACAGGAUUCUGUCCUACGAGAAUCAUUAUUACUGCUACCGGCGGCUUUACCACAAUAACAACAUUUGGUCCAACACCUGGAACAAGCACUAUCUUGCCUUCUUCCGGCUGUAUAGGAUUCUGUCCUACGAGAAUUAUUGUUACUGCUACCGGCGGCUUUACCACAGAGACAACAUUUGGUCCAAUACCUGGAACAAGCACUAUCGUACCAACUUCCGGCUGCACAGGAAUCUGUCCUACGAGAAUUAUUGUUACUGCUACCGGCGGCUUUACUACAGAGACAACGUUUGGUCCAACACCUGGAACAAGCACCAUCUUACCGUCUUCCGGCUGCACAGGAUUCUGUCCUACGAGAAUCAUUAUUACUGCUACCGGCGGCUUUACCACAAUAACAACAUUUGGUCCAACACCUGGAACAAGCACCAUCUUACCAUCUUCCGGCUGCACAGGAUUCUGCCCUACGAGAAUCGUUGUUACUGCUACCGGCGGUUUUAUCACAGAGACAACAUUUGGUCCAAUACCUGGAACAAGCACUAUCGUACCAACUUCCGGUUGCGUAGGAUCCUGUCCUAUUAGGAUUAUUGUUACUGCUACCAGUAGCGGUACCACCUUGUUAUUAUUCACUACAGUUACCUCCACUGGUACAGGAUCACAAAUAUCCACUGAAACUUUACUACCCAGUGAUUCAGAUGCCACUGGAACUAUAAUUAUUCUAAUGCCUUCAUUUACUGGGCCAUAUACUACAGUAACCACAACUGGUUCUGGAACUACCGUCUCUACUAUUACAUCGCUUCCUACUGGUACAUUCUCUGUUGGUACCAUUUUUAUUAUAUUGCCUAGUCCUGAUAUAGCUAUUACAACAACUCUUACUGGUCUUGUCGCAGCAUUAUUGUCACGACUACGAGAACACCUGCUGUAUGCCCUCCCCAUACAUCAAUAG